CUAACACAGGUGUGUUGUAACUUGGUAGGCUGCCAGAGUUAGAUUAUGAGCUCAUUUGAUCCACAGAUACAUUCUCCACCGCGUUGCAGCCCGCAAUUUCCAAACAUUGGCCAGGAGCCUCCUGAAAUGAAUAUCUACUACGAAAACUUCUUCCAUCCUCAGAACAUUCCUAGCCCACAAAGGCCUGCAAACUUUGAAGCAGCGGACUACAAUGCCACCCACAACCCCUAUCUGUGGUUGAAUGGACCUUCCAUCAACUCCCCACCUUACCUCCCAGGAUCCAACGGCAGUCCUUACAUUCCGCAGUCCUAUGGGAUGCAGAGACAAUUCCUGCCUAACGUGCAUGGCUUGGGGGCAAAUGAGAUGGGCUGGCUCCCCAUGCCUUCUCAGGAAGAGCUGAUGAAGUUGGUGAGGCCGCCGUAUUCUUACUCUGCGCUCAUUGCCAUGGCCAUCCACGGAGCGCCAGACAAGAGGCUGACCCUCAGUCAGAUCUACCAGUACGUUGCGGACAACUUCCCUUUCUACAACAAAAGCAAAGCUGGCUGGCAGAACUCCAUACGGCACAAUCUUUCUCUCAACGAUUGCUUCAAAAAGGUACCACGAGACGAAGACGACCCGGGGAAAGGCAAUUACUGGACCUUGGAUCCGAACUGUGAGAAGAUGUUUGACAAUGGAAACUUUCGUCGUAAGAGGAAGAAGAAAUCUGACAUCAGUGCCAGCACAGCAGUGCUUGCUUCUGACAAACCGGAAAGCAGUGCCCUCAGCAGCAGCCCCAAAGGAGCAGAGCCGCAAGACAUUUUGGAAAAUUCCUCUUCUGGAACCGAGAGCUCGCCUGGAAAGAGCUCCCCGCCGCCUCCUUCUGCUGCUCCCUGCCUCAACAACUUCCUGUCCAGUAUGACGCCGUAUGUGAAUGGGUCCAGUUCUGUCAGUCGUGCAGGGCCCCUGGGACUUAGCGCUGAAGUUGGUGACAAAAUGGGACAGAAUAUGGUAGGCUUCAACUCCUACUCUCCUCUUUCUAACAUCCCCGGCCAUGGCAGCGGAGAGUGGUCCAAUUCCAUGUCCUCUGGUCAUCUAGGCUACAGCAGUUCAGUUCUCAACCAGUUCAACACCAGUUUCUACAACAGCCUUACUGCAAAUAAUACUCUGUAUGCCAGAGAGGGAACUGAAGUGUAAACCAAGGGAGGCCCUAUGGCAACAGGAGAAAGGGGGAUGAAUAUGUAGGGCGAAA